UUUUUUGUUUGUUUUUUAAGUGGUGGGGGAGGAUCUGUUUAUGGACGCAAGUGCUACGAUAUCUCCGGGCGGAGGGGGCUUGCCCCAUUGCCCGACACCUUCUUCCGUACGGAAGUGGCGCUCUUAGGGGUGUGUGGAGGCACGGCUUAGGUGAUCUGGCAGGCUCCACCAUCUUGUUGUACGGCUGAAGCGGGGGGCGGAGAGGAGCAUUACGGGGUGGUGGCGGGGGGGAGGCAGGGCCGCCCGCGCGGCCUCCGGAGAUGGUGAUCUGUUGCGCGGCGUUGAAUUGUUCCAACCGGCAGGGCAAAGCUCCCCGGGGUCGAGCAGCCGUCUCCUUCCACAGGUUUCCAUUAAAGGACUCAAAGAGACUGAUCCAGUGGUUAAAAGCAGUUCAGAGGGAUAACUGGACUCCCACCAAGUAUUCCUUCCUCUGCAGUGAGCACUUCACUAAAGACAGCUUUUCAAAACGACUAGAAGAUCAACAUCGGCUGCUCAAACCUACAGCUGUGCCAACCAUUUUCCAGCUUUCAGAGAAAAGGGGGGAAAGCAAGAACUAUGUCAAAAGGAGGAGGAAAGUAGCAAGCCAGUCCCAACAAGGAGGUAGCAAUGAACCAAAGGAAGGAAGCAAUGAGGUAACUGAAGGAAUCUUGUCUUCUGACCAAAGCUUGAUGAUGGAGGGUAUUAAAGAAAUGGAACAAGUAUCACUUCAAGCAGAAAUUGGGUCAGUGUCUGAGCAGGGAGAUAAUUUCCAGGUCCAAAUUGAAGGCUCCCUCAGAAGGAUGUUAGCUGACAACCUAGUCACAAAAUCUACAGUAGCCAAUUGUUCAGAAACUGUUAUCCAUCCUGGAAGCUUGAAACUGGACAAAACUGGUAUAUCAGAUGAUGAUUUCACACCUCCUGUGUCUGGGGCAUGCAAAUUUAUCGGCUCUCUUCACUCUUACAGUUUUUUCUCUAAGCACACUAGAGAGAGAUCAUCUUUUCCAAAAGAGCAACUAGAAAGGAAAAGAUUAAGGAGAAGUGUGGAACCUAGCUGCAGUAGCAACACUGUGGAGCAGAAUACAAGUUUAACCGAAACCUCCUCUACUUCCUCUCUUACUGCUAUCCCACAGAAACCUUCCCAAAGCAUGUCUGCAUCCCCUGCAGAUCUGACUCCUAAACCAGCAGCAGAAGCUGUUGUCGGUCAGAAAGGAGACACUGAUGCCAACCCCAUGUCUAUCAAUGAGGUCAUCAUGUCUGCCUCAGGAGCCUGCAAGCUCAUUGAUUCCCUCCAUUCGUACUGCUUCUCCUCUAGGCAAAGCAAAAGUCAAGUCUGUUGUUUAAGGGAGCAGGUAGAGAAGAAGAAUGGAGAGCUAAAACUCUUGAGACAGAAGAUCAGCCGUUCUGACAGCCAAGUUAAAAAGCUGAAGGAGAAGCUAGAUGAGUUGAAGAAGAUCAGUAUGCCAUGCCUGAGCAACCUGCUGUCCCAGGACUGUGAAACCCCACAGUUGAACCCUGUGAUUGAGCCUCUCUCUUGGAUGCUGGGCACCUGGCUGUCAGACCCACCAGGAGACGGUGCCUUCCCUACAAUGAAGCCCUUUCAAUACCUCGAAGAAGUGCACAUCUCUCAUGUGGGGCAGCCCAUGCUGAAUUUCUCAUUCAAUGCCUUCCAUCCAGACACGAGGAAGCCAAUGCACCGAGAAUGUGGAUUUAUCCGCAUCAAACCUGACACUAACAAGGUGGCCUUCAUCAGUGCUCAGAACACAGGUUUGGUAGAAGUGGAGGAAGGAGAAGUAAAUGGACAAGAGCUUUCUAUAGCUUCCCACUCUGUAGCAAGGAUCUCAUUUGCCAAGAAACCCCACGUAGAAAAAAUUACUAGAAAAUUCAGGCUCAAUUCUGAUGGGAAACUAGAACAGACUGUUUCCAUGGCAACCACUACACAGCCAAUGACUCAGCACCUUCACAUUACCUACAAGAAAGUGACACCUUAAAACAAAGGGGAACUGUUUUGCCACAGAAACAUCGAGGCAAAAGCAAUGUUUAUAGCGAACAGAAACAACUUGGAAGGAAAGGAAGACACGGUGACUUUGCAUCUUUGUGACCUAGUUCAUACCUGACAGCAGGAUGGAAAAAGACCAGAAACUGCAAUUGGUGAAAGAGUUUACUCUGAGGUUUCUGUAAUGGUAGAUUUAAAAAACAAAUUAAAGCCAAUAAAAAAGCCUUUAUUUUUAA